AUGGUUAAGAUUUUUGCGAGCGGGAAGAACAAAAUGAAGUUUUUCAUGCAGAACUGCAAAGAGAAAGAAGAGAUCAGAAAGCUCGUGGAGAAAUACGGCGGCACAAUGACGAGGAAGUUCGAAUCAGACUCAAUCGAAUUGGUCCCAUUUGACGUCAAUUUCAGGAUUCCAGCAGAAAAUGCCAAAGACCACCCUGUCUAUUCAUUCAAGAUCGUUAAAGAUUCAGUCACUCUUGGCGAGCUUCAAGAAACGAAAGACUAUGAAAUCCAAAUUGCGCAUUCCAAGCCUAUCCCAGCCGCCAAGGUGGGAAAUCGCAAACAAUAUUCCCCCGAAGAGGACAAAUUGAUGACUGAGUACGUCGAAAAGCAUCCUGGCAAGUCCAAAAGCAGAAGUUACUGGGAUCUGGCCUUGAAAAGUGGCUUGGGGAUAGACCAUUCCUCAGAAAGCUUGAAAUUCCAUUGGUCUCAGCUGGCUCAAAAGCUAUCUCAGCCAAAACCCAAAGUAAACGUUGUGUCGUUACCUCAGAGGAGAACGAGAAGUUUUGAGAAAAAAGAAAAUAUCCCUGAAGAGAGCGAUAUACCUGAGAUAACGCCAGCCAAAAGAGUGCUAAGAAGCUCACCAAGCAAAUCUCCACAGCUUGAGCAAGCAAGACUAACGGUGAGCAGUGAGAAUAAGUUAAAAUAUACACCAAGGUCAUUGUUUGAGUCAGGAAAAUCUGCGAAAACUGUAAAAUCAGGGAUAUCAUCACUGUUGGAAGAAAACUUGACGUUUUCAGAUGAAAUUGAGCAACCCAGAGACAUUUGCAUUAGUGUUAGCGACAAGGAAAGGGUCGUCAAUGAUUUCAGUAAGCUAAGAAGAAAAUGCAUAGAAAAUAAAAUUCCUUUUCACUUUGGCAGACUUGUUGUAAGCUGCAGGCAAGUGGCUGGUAGGUUCAUUCCUGAAUCAGAAGUCCUAGUGACCUUAAUCAAAAAUAAUGGCAGAGUACAAGAUACCUUGGCUGAGUACGAAAACCAAGCCUAA